CAAAUUUCAAUCUGCAAUCGUCAAACUUAAAUUUUUGUCCAGAUCGUAGGUACUACCGAUAGUGUUAAAAACAAUUUACUAACCGACCUUUUCAAACGUCGCAACUAUUUCAACCAUAGAAAAUAAAACUGAAAAGAUGGAUGUGGAUUUGUACGCUACCGAUUGGGCACACUCGGCUGAAAGUGGCCGGUUGCCUCUUAUUGAGGAGACAUCGACUCAUGGUACACAGGCACCGAAAGACAAAUUGAUAUCAGUACUAGACCAAGUGGAGCUGAGGGUUGAACGGUUGAGAAGAGACACUACUAGAAUUGAAGAGGAAAAAGAUUCCUUACUGUCUACUUUGGAUAGUAUUAAACAUUCGGAACUCCUCUCAGAUAUAACUGAAUGUGAUAAAGAUGACAUUACCCGGUAUGCAGACCGUAUUGUAGCUCGUGCAAUGACAAUCGAGGUAGCUGUAAGAACUGACCGAGAUCCGCAGCAAGAAGAAGCAUUGCAUCAGGUAAACAUGUAUAUCGAUAAAUUAGUAAUGUCCGUUCACGACGACACAGUCCUGGCCCAUACCCGCUGUCAGGCGUACAUGAACGCUUGCACUUCGCAGCCCGACCCCAGCUCCGGAACCGACAAGAACUUCGAGACCGCCAUCCUCGGCUGCACCCUCGACGACCAGAAGAGAGUCAAGAAACGCCUCGAGGGCCUCCUAGAUUACUUUGCGAAACUCAACAUCACCACAUUCUCGUGAGCGGGGUUCAAGUGGACUGUUUGCUGCCGAAGGCGCUUCUUUCUCAUAUCGGCCAUGACUUAACUAGAAGUAGAGGUAUGAAAACCGUUCCUUAAUGGUCGGUAGUGAAUUGGAACGCACCUUGUGAUGAAUGUGUCUGCGAUGCUUAAUAAUUUUAGUCUCGCAAUGUGAAUUAAGAUUUAUUGCAAUUUAAUUUUGAGAAAAGCUGAAUUAUGCAUUUAGUUUUAUUAAUAUAUAUUUUAUAAGCAAUAUCGCAUAUCCAAGCAUAAAAUCCUACCAGUAGACACAUUCAUUACAAAUUUUUCUUAACAACUAAAAACUAAUUGGCUAAAUUACCGUUUUAUACAUAAUAUUAUUUAUUCGAGACCAAUUUGUUAUUUUCUUUUGGGUGUGUUUGAUAUAAGUAGGUUGAGCCGAGGGUUAAAAUGUUGUAACUUAUAUAGGAAUUUAUUUCUAAGUUCCGAAUUGUGUCUGAUAAUUCUGGUUAUUUGGGAAUAAAGGCAUUUGUUAUAUCCGGAGCAGAAACGGUAAUUGAUUCGCACAUUGUUAGUUUAUUAUUCGUCUAGAACUUUAAUUACACACCUUUUCUCACUUAUACAUCAGUUAUUCUGUAGCACAGGGAAACGUUAGAUAAAUGUCUGGUUGAGAUUUUAUUUCGACCAUAAUAUUUGUUUCAGCCUGUAUGGUGUUUACUUACAAUUGAUGCUACCAGACAUUUAUCUUUGUCGUCAAAUAAAAAUUACUUCUGCCUUAUUUAGUCUUGUACAAUUCUCAUAAAAUGGGGAUUUUUCGUGUAAUGAAAUUGGUUCUUUCUUGAACUGGCGAUAAAGGAAAGAUGGAGUAAGACUGCUUGUAGUGGUUGUAUAGAAUACAAUGUGGUAGAUAGGUAUUGGUUAUUAAAAUUCGACCAUCGAAAGUUAACGAAAAAGGUUUUAUUGAUGUGUUUGAAUGUUUAUCGUUUUAAGUCCAUUAAAAUAUUCUAUUAAAUGUGUAGUUUGAGUGAUACUUACCUUAGACAUCUGUAAUUAUUUUUAGGUCAUUAACUUAUUAAAUAUAUGCAAAGUGUAUAUUCCAAAUUAACUAAAAACGAGUUGAUUUCGUGUGGUACUUCUCAAGCUUUUGUAAAAUUUUACAAGUACUGUAGAUUUCGAUUAUUAGUUUUUCUUAUAUUUUAUACUAAAGUAUGUUGUAAUAUUUCGUAUAUGGCACAUGCAUACAAUAAACUAUGAGAUCUUAAA